AUGAGAUCUCAAGGUGUUGAUGAUAACAAAGGAUGGCUUGGACCAGCGACGCCGGAGAUUUCAAACGGCAACGGUAACAUCAGUUUCGAGUUUCAGAAAGGUGCGAACCGGACACCAAACCACCACCGGUCAACUAUGGGAAAACCAGCGCCGUCGAAAUGGGACGACGCUCAGAAAUGGCUCUCCGGCGUCGGUCUAUCUCGCGGCGGCGGAGAUAAGAGUCACCACUCGCGGAGUUGUAAACCGAGAAACUCGAACGCCGACGAUCUCAGACUCAUCGCUUCAGCUUCUCAGAGGGAACGCGAAGGAGAAGAUCAGUACGUGGAAUACGACGACGACGGAGAGACGGCGGCGGGAAGGACGGUGGUGGAGACGAAGAACGUAGACUGCGGAGAGUCUGGUGGUGGUUCGGUUUGGAGGAAAGAGAGUGAUAUUAAUCCGACGGCUGUGAUUCGAUCGGUUUGCGUGAGAGAUAUGGGGACAGAGAUGACUCCGAUCGGGAGCCAAGAGCCGUCGAGAACAGCCACGCCGGUGCGAGCCACGACGCCGGUGGGGAGAAGUCCUGUGACUUCACCGGUGAGAGGUUCUCACGGUGGCGAAGCGGUGAGGACGGCGAUGGCGGCGACGGUGACGGAAGCUAGAAGUGUAGCGAGUGGUGAUAAUAAUAACAAUGAGAAGAAGAUUGGGUUUGGGGAUGAUGAGAAGAAGGCAAUGAAUGCUAUGGAAGCUCGAGCCAUGGCUUGGGAUGAAGCAGAACGCGCUAAAUUCAUGGCUAGGUAUAAGAGAGAGGAAGUGAAGAUUCAGGCUUGGGAAAAUCAUGAGAAGAGAAAGGCGGAGAUGGAGAUGAAGAAAAUGGAGGUGAAGGCGGAGAGGAUGAAAGCGAGGGCGGAGGAGAAGCUGGCGAACAAGCUGGCGGCGACGAAGAGGAUAGCGGAGGAGAGGAGGGCAAACGCGGAGGCGAAGCUGAACGAGAAGGCGGUGAAGACGUCGGAAAAGGCUGAUUAUAUAAGGAGAAGCGGUCACUUGCCUUCUUCUUUUAUCUCCUUUAAGAUUCCGUCUCUAUGUUGUUGGUAG